GUGGCUGACAGAUGGCGAACCUGGUCAAAACAACUAAAACAAUUUCUAUAUUACUUCAGUUGAGAGCAGACGGUUCGGGAAGGAAGAAAAAGAACAGCUCGCUAGCUCACUUGUGCGCCGGUCGUCCGUUGCUUGGCCGAAGCAAGUAAAGUGCUUGUUGUUUUGUUCUCUACUGCAAAAUCAGUGUAUUGGUGAGAGAAGAAACACAGGAGUGCACGAUCGCCCGCCAAAACAUGGGCGAAAACGAAACCACUUCACCGCUGGAUUCUUUCUGCGGUUCAACAUUCUGGGAUCUGGAUCAAACGUGGAACACAAACGACCCGAACUUCACAGAAUGUUUUCACCAAACAGUGCUUUAUUGGAUUCCCUGUGGCUUCAUUUGGCUGUUUGCACCAUACGAAACAUACCAGAUUUUGUACAGCAAUACCCGAUAUAUACCGUGGUCCUUCAUCAAUAUCAGCAAAAUGGUCAUUAACUUAUUACUGAUCAUCCUGUCGAUCAUCAGCAUUAUCUAUGCCGUCAUACAAAGCAACAAUGGUGUAGAGCUCUACACAAAUGACGUUUAUUACGUAACUCCUGCAAUACUGGCUGCAACAUUCGUAUUGACUUUAGGACUAAUGCUGGCAGGGAAGAAAAGAGGCAUUAGGUCAUCCGGACCUUUGUUUCUCUUCUGGUUCCUGCUUGCGUUUUGUGGUGGAUUCACGUAUGCUGCUCGGAUAAAAUCUAUCAUUGAUGGCAUGAACAAUAUGGAAACCUAUCCUUUCGUCUGGGAAAUGGUCUACUAUCCACUUAUUGUGCUGAUGUUCUUCAUCAAUUGCUUUGCUGAUAAGGAACCUUUGUACAUGGAAGGAGAGUCUAAAUCUGACAAUCCGUGCCCAGAGGAAGGAGCCUCUUUUCUAAAUGUAAUUACGUACACCUGGUUGGACUCAUUGAUAUGGAAGGGGUAUCGUAAACCUCUGGAGACGGUAGACCUAUGGGACCUAAAUAAUAGGGACAAAUCCAAAUCGGUUGUUCCACGAUUUGAAAAGCACUGGCAAAAGGCUCUCAGUAAACAAGCAAAAAAACCAAGUGAACCUAGAGCAACUUAUGGGGCGGAGAACGGAGGAGUCUCCUUCAAACCGACACCGACGAAUAAAAAAAUUGUUUCCGUCCUGCCUGCACUCUGCAAAACAUUUGCGCCCGAGUUUCUGCUAGGAUCUUUACUCAAACUAAUGCAAGAUCUUUUAGCAUUCGUCAGUCCACAGAUUCUUAGUUUGCUAAUUGGCUUUGUCGAAGAUACAAGUCAGGAAAGCUGGAAAGGUUACCUGUACGCCGUUAUUCUUACUCUCACAGCCAUGCUCCAAACCUUGAUCCUUGGGCAAUAUUUUCAGCGUAUGUUUGUCAUCGGCAUGCAAAUAAGAACUUCGAUCGUGUCAUCCAUCUAUAGAAAGGCCAUCAAAAUUUCAAAUAGUGCUCGCAAAGAAUCAACAGUCGGAGAAAUCGUCAACUUGAUGUCAGUCGACGCUCAGCGGUUCAUGGAUCUCACGACCUACCUCAAUAUGCUCUGGUCUGCCCCAUUGCAGAUAGGAUUGGCCAUAUACUUUCUCUACCAAAUUCUUGGUCCUUCUGUUUUUGCCGGACUUGGUGUUAUGAUCCUCUUGAUCCCCGUCAAUGGAGUGUUGGCAAACGCCACAAAGAAACUGCAAAUCCAGCAGAUGAAGUACAAGGACAAACGAGUCAAGAUGAUGAGCGAAAUUCUAAGUGGAAUAAAAGUCUUGAAGCUCUACGCGUGGGAGCCAUCGUUUCAAGCACAAGUUGAGGAGAUCCGAAGCAAAGAAAUUCACGUUUUAAAGCAGGCGGCUUACCUCAAUGCUGGAACAUCGUUCAUUUGGACUUGUGCACCAUUUCUGGUUACAUUGGCCACGUUCGCAGUCUACGUGACGUCAGAUCCCAGUCACAUACUCGAUGCCAAGAAAGCUUUCGUUUCGUUGACGUUGUUCAAUCUGCUCCGUUUCCCAAUGUCCAUGUUUCCUAUGCUUGUCGUAUCGUUCGUCCAGGCAAGCGUAUCAAUAAAACGGCUCAACAAAUUCAUGAACGCCGAUGAGCUGGAUCCUAAUUCAGUUUCUCAUGAAACCACACAGAGCGCUAUCAGCGUCGAGAAAAGCUCGUUUGCUUGGGCACAAGGCGAAGCUCCAAUCCUUAAAGACAUCAAUAUUGAUAUUAAGCCUGGCAAACUUGUGGCCGUGGUGGGACAAGUUGGUGCAGGCAAAUCUUCAUUGAUCUCCGCUAUACUGGGAGAAAUGGAAAAACUAAGUGGAAAGGUCAAUACAAAUGGACGGAUCGCGUACAUCCCUCAGCAAGCUUGGAUUCAAAAUUGCAGCCUUCGCAACAACAUCUUGUUCGGCAAAGGAUUUAACGAAACAGUUUACAAUAAAGUCGUAAAUUCCUGUGCGCUGAAGCCUGACAUUUCCAUGCUCCCUGGUGGCGAUAGUACAGAAAUAGGAGAGAAGGGCAUCAACUUAAGUGGAGGGCAGAAACAGCGUGUUAGCUUGGCCCGUUCCGUUUACGCCGACAUGGAUGUAUACCUAUUAGAUGACCCUUUGAGCGCUGUCGACAGUCACGUGGGAAAACACAUCUUUGACGAAGUUAUUGGUCCUAAGGGUCUACUGAAAUCGAAGACUCGAUUACUUGUGACGCAUGGCAUCACUUUUUUGCCCCAAGUAGACCAAAUCAUUGUUUUAAAAGACGGAGAAGUCUCUGAAAUUGGCUCGUACAAGGAAUUGCUUGCACAAAAGGGAGCUUUCGCCGAAUUCCUUCUGCAACAUCUGGAGGAUGAAGGCACAGAUGAAGAUAUCCCUGAUGAAUUGGCGGAGAUUAAACAAGAACUAGAAAACACAAUGGGAAAAGAAGAAUUCGCUCGACAGAUUUCUCGCCAGCGCGUAGCGUCUGAAAGCCAAAGCCAGCAUAGUGAAAAUGCCGAAAAUCGACCCAUGAUUGCCUCUCCAGAUCGUAGCUUAUCGAGGACUAGCUCAACCACAAGUAUUGAAAAGAGCGGAGGAAGUUUGCGAAGACGUAGCUCGGCUAAAGAUCGCAAAUCCGUUGAUGGUGGUGCUCCUGCCGCCAACCCGAACAACAAUAAGCUGAUUGAAGCAGAAAAAACUGAAACUGGCAAAGUCAACAGCAAAGUGUACAUACAUUAUAUGCGCUCAAUUGGCGGUUGGUUGACAUUCAUUACCUUGGUGCUUUACAUCCUCUAUCAGGGUUUUGCUGUUUACUCCAAUAUUUGGUUAGCCAAAUGGUCGGAAGCUGGAAACACGACUUCCAAUAACCACACUAUCGAACAACAAAGGGAUAUCUACUUAGGUGUCUACGGAGCGCUUGGUUUCGGACAAGCUAUUUUUUUGCUGUUUGGAAGUAUCACGAUUGCCCUUGGUUGCCUUAACGCUUCUGCAUUCUUGCAUGAGGGUAUGAUUUCCCGCACUUUCCGCCUUCCCAUGUCGUUCUUCGAUACGACACCCAUCGGUCGCAUCGUAAAUCGAUUCGCUAAGGACGUGGACGUUGUCGACAAUCUCAUUCCAUCCAGCAUCCGUACAGCUCUUCUGUGCUUCCUAUCGGUAGUAAGUACUAUACUGGUUAUCGGUGUUGGAACACCGAUCUUCUUCGCAGUAGCCAUACCAAUUGGAGUCUUCUACUAUUGGAUUCAGAAUGUUUAUGUGGCUUCGUCGAGACAACUUAAACGUCUAGAAUCAGUUUCACGAUCCCCGAUUUAUUCCCACUUCGGCGAAACACUUACCGGUGCAACUGUCAUUCGUGCUUAUGGCCAAGAACAGCGUUUCAUUAAAGAAUCUGAGUCACGCGUAGACCUCAAUCAAGUCUGUUAUUACCCAAGUGUUGUUGCCAAUCGGUGGUUGUCCGUAAGAUUGGAAACGAUCGGUAAUUUGGUAGUGCUGUUCGCUUCCCUGUUUGCUGUUAUUGAAAGAGAGAAAGGAACGAUGGACCCCGGUUACGUUGGACUGUCCAUCACCUACGCCCUUAGUAUUACACAAACGCUCAACUGGUUCAUGCGCAUGACUUCUGAAGUUGAAACGAACAUCGUAGCUGUAGAGAGAAUCAAAGAGUACAGUGAAGCCGUGCAAGAAGCUUCGUGGGACCAUGGAAAGCGUGAUCCACCAAAUACAUGGCCUGACAAAGGCAAAGUUUCUUUCGAGAAAUAUGAAGUACGCUACAGAGAGGGACUGGACUUGGUCAUCAAAGGAAUUUCCUGUGAAAUUGAAGGUGGUGAAAAGGUAGGCAUUGUUGGACGUACAGGAGCGGGAAAAUCUUCAUUGACGUUGGCGCUGUUCCGUAUCAUCGAAGCUGCUGCUGGCAAAAUUACAAUCGACGGAAUUGAUAUUGCUGAUUUGGCACUACACAAACUACGUUCUCGGCUGACCAUCAUUCCCCAGGACCCUGUUUUGUUUUCGGGAACUCUACGCAUGAACUUGGAUCCAUUUAACUCCUACUCUGAUGAAGACGUAUGGACCGCAUUAGAGCAUGCCCAUUUGAAAACCUUCGUCAAAUCUUUACCAGCAGGACUAGAACACGAAGCUUCAGAGGGUGGUGAGAAUUUAAGCGUUGGCCAGCGCCAGUUGAUUUGUCUAGCUCGUGCCCUACUGAGAAAAACCCAAGUUCUCAUUCUUGAUGAAGCCACUGCAGCAGUCGAUCUGGAGACCGACGAUUUAAUCCAAGCUACAAUCCGGAAAGAAUUUAAAGAGGGUACAGUUAUCACCAUAGCCCACAGACUGAAUACCAUCCUGGACAGUAACAGAGUGAUGGUGUUGGACAAAGGAGAGAUCAAAGAGUAUGCGCCUCCCGAUGAGCUUCUGGCCAAUAAGAACUCGCUCUUUUAUAGCAUGGCCAGAGAUGCCGGUCUGGUAUGAAUGCUAAGUUCACUGUCGUAUUAUUUGAAAAUAUUGAAGUGGUGUUGACAAAGUGUUAAUUGCGAUGAAUGUAUUGGGUGUGCACGUUAAUCCCGUGUGGACCCUUGUUUUUUUCUAUGAUAGUUGUGCUCAUGACAAGACACAAAGCCUGGGUCUUUUCACUUUGAUUUGCUAUGUGGUCCAACUGUUUAAUUAAUGUCCCGAGAGUGCAGACGGCCAGUAGCGUGAUAAUGUUUCAUUGACUGCAUCCUACCCUGUGAAUGAUACAGCUAAGGCAUGUUUAACAUUUGGUCACAAAAAUACAGAUUUUGUUUUGGCAUUGAA